CAGCAUAAAACUUGCCGGACUGCUUUUUAUUUUCAAGCCCAAAGGACAAAAAGAGAACAGGAAUAUUUGAAGGAACAGAUGCCUGACAUUGAUGCCUUCUUACCCAUUCAGCAUCUUACUAUGGUGUAUUGUCCUGGGGGGGUAAAAUCCUCGAGGACCCUAAACAGAUGGGCAAUUGAUGCAUUUCAGACUUAUUUUGGUGAUGAAAGAUUAGGAACCUUAUUGUUGAGACCCUCCUGUGGCAUGUCACCUGGGAAGAAGAAGAAUAUGAUCCUGAUGCAGUUGAAAGACAUGUUGAGAGCCAACUUCUGGAGUUUUUACUAUUUGGCCAAGAAGUUCUAGAGAAGAAAAAUUUCAGAAAAAUUGACUCUGUUGGAGUAGAGUAUCAGUGAACCAAGAAAAUUUGAAGCACCAUCCCUAAAGAAAACCUGGUUUACAGUAACUUCACAGACUUAGCUGAGGGUUUUUUUACCCAAAUUGGUCACUGGAUUCUGCUGCCUCAUACUUGAACCUGCUUGGAAUUUUUCUCAUGUGGAUCUAAGAGGAAUGCUUUAUUAUGGCAGCUGUGGUCCAACAGAACGACCUAGUAUUUGAAUUUGCUAGUAACGUCAUGGAGGAUGAACAACAGCUUGGUGACCCAGCUAUUUUUCCUGCCGUAAUUGUGGAGCAUGUUCCUGGUGCUGACAUUCUCAAUAGUUAUGCGGGUCUAGCCUGUGUGGAAGAGCCCAAUGACAUGAUUACAGAGAGCUCCCUGGAUGUCGCCGAAGAGGAGAUCAUAGAUGAUGAUGACGACGACAUCACGCUUACAGUUGAAGCAUCCUGUCCUAAUGGGGAUGAAACGAUUGAAACUAUCGAGGCUGCUGAGGCACUCCUCAAUAUGGAUUCUCCUGGCCCUAUGCUGGAUGAAAAACGAAUAAAUAAUAAUAUAUUUAGUUCAUCUGAAGAUGACAUUGUUGUUGCCCCAAUCACCCAUGUAUCCGUCACAUUAGAUGGGAUUCCUGAAGUGAUGGAAACUCAGCAGGUUCAAGAGACAUACGCACACUCACCAGGAGCAUCAUCACCAGAACAACCUAAAAGAAAAAAAGGGAGAAAAACAAAACCUCCACGACCAGAUUCCCCGGCCACUACGCCAAACAUAUCUGUGAAGAAGAAAAACAAAGAUGGUAAGGGAAACACAAUUUAUCUCUGGGAGUUUUUACUGGCACUGCUCCAGGACAAAGCUACUUGUCCUAAAUAUAUCAAAUGGACCCAGCGAGAAAAAGGCAUUUUUAAACUGGUAGAUUCUAAAGCAGUAUCCAGGUUGUGGGGGAAGCACAAAAACAAGCCUGACAUGAAUUACGAGACCAUGGGAAGAGCUCUCAGGUACUAUUACCAAAGGGGUAUUCUGGCAAAAGUAGAAGGUCAGCGCUUGGUGUAUCAGUUUAAGGAAAUGCCAAAAGAUCUUAUUUAUAUAGAUGAUGAGGAUCCAGGUUCCAGCAUAGAGUCUUCAGAUCCAUCACUGGCUUCAACAACCACCUCAAGUAGAAACCAAGCAAGCAGGUCGAGAGUAUCUUCAAGUCCAGGGAUGAAAGGAGGAGCCACUACAGUUCUCAAACCAGGGAAUUCUAAAGCUACAAAACCCAAAGAUCCUGUGGAAGUCGCACAGCCGUCCGAAGUCCUGAGGACAGUGCAGCCCACACAGUCUCCAUACCCCACCCAGCUCUUCCGGACUAUUCAUGUCGUACAGCCAGUACAGGCUGUCCCAGAAGGAGAAGCAGGCGUAACCAGUAGCGUGCAGGACGAAACAUUACAUUCUUCUGUUCAGAGUAUUAGGACUAUACAGGCUCCUGCCCAAGUUCCAGUGGUUGUGUCUCCUGGGAAUCAGCAUUUGCAUACAGUAACACUCCAGACUGUGCCAAUCACAACAGUGAUAGCCAGCACAGAUCCAUCUUCAGGUGCGGGGUCUCAGAAAUUUAUUUUACAAGCCAUUCCGUCAUCACAGCCCAUGACAGUACUGAAAGAAAACGUCAUGCUGCAGUCCCGAAAGCCGGGCUCCCCUCCUUCCAUUGUCCUGAGCCCUGCACAUGUGCAGCAGGUCCUUACCAGCAACGUGCAGUCCAUCAGCAAUGGCACGGUCACCGUGGCUUCAUCUCCGUCCUUCAGUGCUGCGACCCCCGUGGUGACCUUUUCUCCUCGAAGUUCACAACUCGUUGCUCACCCACCUGGCACUGUCAUCACUUCAGUUAUCAAAGCUCAAGAAACAAAAACUCUUACGCAGGAAGCGGUGAAAAAGGAAGCUGAAGAUAAUUGGAAAGAAGACAGUGAGAAAACUGAGCCACAGCCGCAGCCUUAUGUGAUGGUGGUAUCCAAUUCCAACGGAUUUGUCUCUCAGGUAGCUAUGAAACAAAAUGAAUUGCUGGAACCCAACUCUUUUUAAUGAAUAUACCAAAGGAAUUAUAGAUGAUUGGUUUUUAAUUGAACCUUGUCAGUUGUCUGCAGACUAUCUGAUUGAUUCUCAGAGAAAUUCUACAAAUGUUCCUAAUUUUGUAGUUAAUUGUUAAAAAUAUUAAUUUAGAGUUAAUGUUGACUUUGUUGGAUGAGGGAGGGAACCCAAGUGCUUCUCUUUGUUCUCCAAAUGUUUCAGAAUUCAAUUGUGAAGGAACAGGCAUUUUAUACUAUGAAGACCUUCUUUUCUGAUUUUUUUUCAGUUGCUAUAUCAUAAGCAUUUUUAACGUUUCUUUUUUAAUUUUACAUGGUAUUAGCUUUUCUGAUUCUUUUGUAAAUACAGUACGUCAAUAUAAGGCAACAGGAAAUUUAUGUAGGAACUAUUUUCAUUCCAUUUGUGUAAGUGAAAGUCUUGACUCUUCCAGAUGCAAGACACCUAUUUUCUACUUUGUUAAAAUUAUGAUUUCACUUAGAUUGACUUUAGUUGAUUGCACUGUUUAAGGAACUAUGAAUAUGUAAAAAAUAACAUGAAAAAUUGGAAAAUGUCCAUGAUAUGGCUGAACGUUACUUCAGAAGCAGGAGAGUACAAAAGCAUCAGCCUACGAGUGGCUCUCCUGCUGGCUUGGUUGUAUAACUGGGCAAAGCCACUGGAUCUUUUUGGGCCUCAGUUCUCUCAAAAAAGGAAGAGGGGGGGUGCAUUGGAUUAGACUUGAUGAUCUCCAGUUUGCUUUCUGGUUCUAAAUUUGAAGUUUCUAGCUCCUAUGUUUUAAAGUUAAAUCAACUAAAACAUUAUCACAUAUUUCUUAAUGUAAAUAUAGCUAACAUAUUACAGAAAAAUAAGUGGCCCUACAAAAUUCAUUCUUCUGUUACCUGUAAGAUCUGCUCUGAAUCUGAAUUCUUCCUAAAUACUUUGUUCAUUAACUCUUUAGGCCACUGUGCACCAUGGUCCAUUAGUAAACUUACGUUGCCGACUGCUAAACGAUAUACUGCCAUUCUGAAAGAGUCAGAGCUCUUUCUUAAGGGGCCAGAAAGCAACCAAGCCUUGGGCUAAUCUGGCUGAGUAGUCAGUUUCUAUAAAAGCAUAAUUGCUUUAUAUUUUGGAUCAUUUUUUAUUGGGAGUGGGGGGUUGCAUACAAAGAUAAUAUACAUAUAUAUCUAAGUCUCUGAAAUGAAAUAGCUUUUAGAUUACUUUUUCAACUGUAAAUAAUGUACAUUUAAUUUCACAAGAAAAAUUGUUUUCUGCAAAUUUUCUAGCACAGCAGAGGAGAAAUUUUUGUAGAUGAAAAAAAUCAUUAUGUUUAGAGGUCUGAUGUUAUAUGUUUUCAUAUUACAGAGUGAAUUUGUAUUUAAACAAAAAUUUAAAUUUUGGAAUCCUCUAAACGUUUUUGUAUCUUUAAUUGGUUUAUUAUUAAAUAAAUCAUGUAAAAAUCCUCAAUGUUUGUGUU